UGUGUGAUCAGGAUCCACCGCGCCUCUUCCAUUCACCAAAAAAUCGUGCGGUCAACUUUACUGAAGUCUAAAGUAGUCAACUUUACUGCAGUAACCCCGUAACUAGACUAGAUUAAUCAAGAGAAAUAAUAAUUAAUGGUUAUGUACAUAGUAAAAAUGCAACAACUCUAACUGCGAAUCUUGCCCUUUUGCUGUAACUGUCAAGCACGGAGCGCCAACUCACUCCUACAGUUUGGACUGGCAAGCCUGAGAUCCCGAUCGCCAUGGAGCUUCCGUUGACCUCGGCCCUGCUCCUGCUCCUGCCUCUGCUCUGCUUCCUCUGGCUACGCCGGGAGACCAGGAGGCAGACUCGCCCCGACGGCCUCAAGGCCUACCCCAUCAUCGGCACGCUCCCCCACUUCGUCAAGAACCAGCACCGCCUCAUCGAGUGGUCGGCCGGCGUCCUCGCGCGCUGCCCCACCCACACCAUGACCUUCAACUUCCGGGGCCUCGGCCUCGGGGCCGGCGUCAUGACGGCCAACCCGGCCAACGUCGAGCACGUCGCCAAGACCAACUUCCAGAACUACCCCAAGGGCGAGUUCGUGGUGUCCGUCAUCGAGGACCUGCUCGGCCGCGGCAUCUUCAACUCCGACGGCGACCAGUGGCUCCGGCAGCGCAAGGCCGCCAGCUACGAGUUCAACACGCGGUCGCUGAGGAGCUUCGUGGUCAGCGCCGUCAGCUCCGAGGUCGUCGACCGGCUGCUGCCGCUGCUGGAGCGCGCGGGGCGCGACGGGCGGACGCUGGACGUGCAGGACGUGCUGGAGCGCUUCGCGUUCGACACCAUCUGCUGCGUCGUCUUCGACGAGGACCCGGCGUGCCUCGCCGAGGAGGAGGAGGAGGAGGACGGACCGGGGGCGGACGGGGACGGGCGUGCCGAGUUCAUGCGCGCCCUGACCGACGCGCAGAACAUCGUCAUGGCCCGGUUCAUGUCGCCGGUCAAGUGGGCGUGGCGGCUCCAGAGGCUGCUCAACGUGGGGCCGGAGAGGCGGAUGCGCGACGCGGUCGCCACCAUCCACGGCUACAUCGACAGGGCCGUCCGCGAGCGCGGCGAGAGUGGGGCGGCCCGCAAGGACGACUUCCUGUCGCGCUUCGCGUCGAGCGGCGAGCACAGCGACGAGGGCCUCCGCGACGCGGUCACCAACUUCAUCGUCGCCGGGCGGGACACGACGUCGUCGGCGCUCAGCUGGUUCUUCUGGCUGCUGUCCGGGCGGCCCGACGUGGAGGGCAAGAUCGUGCGCGAGAUCCGCGCGGCGCGCGCGUCGAGCGGGAAUGGGGAUGCGGCGUUGGGCUACGAGGAGCUGCGCUCGAUGCAGUACCUGCACGCGGCGAUCACGGAGUCGAUGCGGCUGUACCCGCCGGUGGCCAUGGACACGCACUGCUGCCGGCGCGAGGAUGUCCUGCCGGACGGCACGCUCGUCGGCAAGGGGUGGCAGGUCACCUACAGCGCGUACGCCAUGGCGCGGCUGGAGGAGCUGUGGGGCGCGGACUGCGCGGAGUUCCAGCCGGAGCGGUGGCUGGACGAGGAGGGGGCGUUCCGGCCGGAGAGCACGGCCAAGUACCCGGUGUUCCACGCGGGGCCGAGGAUGUGCCUCGGCAAGGAGAUGGCCUACAUACAGAUGAAGUCCAUCGUUGCCGGCGUGGUGGAGAGGUUCAGCCUCCGGCACGUCGGCGGCGAGGGGCACCCCCGGCUCGUCAUGUCGCUGACGCUGCGCAUGGGAGGCGGCCUGCCCAUGCAGGUGAAGAAGAGAGCAGAGGGAGCUAGCUAGGCUAGGCUAGGCUAGUCGCAGGAGUCCAUUCCGUCAGAGGUCAACAAUGCUCUGUACGAGUUCUCCAUUAUUUCGGGUGUAAAUCUUCCGUUAUUGCACACCUUGUUGAUGGCAUGGUACGCUUCUACACGUCGGGACACCACUUG